AUGUACGAAUCGUCCGCCGCAGCCUCGACGCUGACCCGGCCAAGAAUAGUUGUUGCCGCCAUCUCAGUAAUUGCCGCCGUUUCCGCUGGCUAUCUCUUGUAUCAGAGCCGAGUCGCUGAGCCGCAAAUAGACGUGGUUCCCGGACCAGGCCUGCAUAGAAGCAACGCUGUACGCCGCAAUCGACGCCAAUCUCUGCGACAAGAAGACUCCUCAGAUGCAGACAGAGACGAGAACGUCGACACAACUGCCACCGCAGCUCCAAUCCACGAUGUCGAGUCGCAAAACGAACCCGCAUGGUACACGGAGAGCUCGAGGCAGCGCACAGGCGAGAACAUAGUCACCCUCUUGUUUCGCGUUUCCGAGGACAAUGCCAGGCGCAAUGCCUACGUGCACCGAGGCUGCCAGUGUAAUGGCUGCGGCAUGGUGCCUAUCCGCGGCAUUCGCUAUCGCUGCGCCAAUUGUGCCGACUUUGACUUGUGCGAAGUAUGCGAGAGUCAGGGGCUGCACAAUAAAACGCAUGUCUUCUACAAGGUCCGGAUACCUGCACCGCCCUUCUGUCCCCGCCAGGUUCAACCGGCAUGGUACCCCGGCGAUCCCGACAAUGUCUCGCGAAUGGUACCAAGAGAACUCUUAGCCAGGUGGUCGAGAGAGACUGGGUUCGAGCGCGUGGAGCUGGAUGCUUACUGGGAACAAUGGACAUUCAUGGCCAAUACGGAGUGGAAGGACGACCCAGAUGGCCUGUGCCUUGCCAUGGACCGCAAGACAUUCGAGCGCUGUCUCGUUCCGUCGGGAGGCUACCGGCAUGCCUCGCCCAAUCUGAUCCAUGACCGCAUGUUUGCUUUCUACGACAUCAACGGUGAUGAUCUGAUCGGAUUCGAUGAGUUCCUGAAAGGCGUUUCCUAUCGCAAGAGAACGGACAAGCUGCGGCGAAUCUUUGAAGGCUACGAUAUCGACGGUGAUGGUUAUGUUUGCAGAAGGGACUUUCUUCGCAUGUUCCGGGCAUACUAUGUUUUGUACAAACAGAUGCAUCGAGAUAUCCUCGAAGGCCUCGACGAACACAUGAUGACUACCGCCGAGGCACAGCAGCUCGUCAAUGGCCGGGCACCUCUGAGCAGUUUCUUUGGUAGAGAGGGCAGAGUACCCCCAGCUGACCAAUCCAGACCCAUGGAAGGCAAAGUCUUUCGUUCGAGUGGGGAAGUCGACAUACACGACGGGAAGAAUACCGUUGUAAACGAAGACAAACCAGACACAUCGAGCCGCGAAGAUAUUCUGAACGGAUUAUUUGCACGAUCUAACAAUCGCAGCUUUUUCACUGAAUCGUUUGGUCCCUCCUCAUUCCAAGGUCGAUCUUCCACAGAAGAGCAGUACAUUUCUAGCAUCAUCAAUCCGCCAACUACCCUGAAUGACUUGUCAGCACUGAUCAGUGGUGAUGCGUCUUCCCGUCUUGAUGAUAUCAUUGCUUCGAUACGACACGAGGUUGCAAACAGGCCGGCACGCGGUCAUUAUGAUGAUACCGAGAGCAACGCUUCGGAUGAGGCCCACGAGGAGAAUGAAGAUUUUACUCAUAAUCUCCCGACACUUCGCUCGCAGCCCUUUCAUGUGCACGACCAUGGGGCUCCCCCACGCACCAGAGGGCUUGCUCGUGAGCGACGGAAUGGAACCACAUCGGCUAGGUCUCAACGAAUCCGUGAUGAGAGGCGCAGGCGUGAACAAUUGCUCGACAGAUGGACACGACGCCAGUUCUAUCUCGAUGAAGAGGAAGGCGCCCAACCUCCCCAAGAUUGGACCGAGGAUGAAGACGUCUUACGCAAUUUGAACGGUAUCGCAGGAUCUUCCAAGGCUCCAGCACAAGUCCUGUCACCACGGUCCAGAUCUUCCUCCAAGGUUAGAUUUGCGGAGGACACAGAUGAUUUUGAUGUUCGAUCAAUUAGGUCAAACCACUCAACGUCCACGAGAAGCAUUCCGGAAAGGUGGGGAGGUAUGGAGAUACCAGAUGCCGAAAGAGACGCUGGAAAAGAGAUUCUUUAUCAAGUGACGCAGCAAGCUUUCAACGAGCUACUUGAUGAGGUUUUCAAGAAGAAAGAAGAUCUUGCUCUUGCCUGUGCUGAAACCGUGGAUGAGCGGAGCAAAUAUCGACACCUGUUCCGUCACCUGGAGCCCGAUGAUCUCACUACCACGCCUCCGCCUCGCCUGAGGAGAGCCAAUAGUGAUCGGCCUGUUCGCGAGCAGAGCUUGGAUGAGCUGCUGUGGACCAGCGGUUACACAGUCAGCCCACCACCAAACGAUACUGAGGCAGCUGAGCAAGCUCCCUCGGAAGAUAAAGAGAAUGAUCAGCCGCCCCCAUCCCAAAGCCAUGUCGGCAGCCUCGAGAACGAGACACAGCUGCAUACUUCCGGGCAUGAGUAUCAGAGUAGCGUUGGCUCUUACGAUCCCACAAUGCCUCAGUUUCGGCCAAACAGUAACGAGACGGCGCAGUCAUCGCCGAGAACGUCGAGUCCGCUGCUGGACUCAGUGUCCAAGACCACACAAAGGCAAACGGACAAGAAGUCAGCUCGUAAAAGUCAUCAAAACACCUCGACCAAGUCUUCGCAGAGUUCCGACACGCAGAGCACGCACGAAGAAAGCCUACCAGAAAAUGUUCUCUUGCAAUACAAGCGUCUUGACAUUGCCGAAGAGGAAGCCAAGUAUCGUGGCGGCUGGGGCCGACUUAGUUUCGCAGAAUUUGAACAAAUCUAUAAGGAGCAUGAAUUUCAGGAUAGCAGCCGUAACCGUCUGGACUACUUGGGCAGCUGGAUAGAUUUCUGUAUUCCGUAG